AUGUUGAAUGGUCCUAUUGCUGAAGAAGCAGAGGGUGACAGGCUUGUGAAGUCAGAUUCAUACAGUGCAAUAGGCAUGAAGCUCUAUAUAACCUCAUCAUAUACGCUCCGCGACCCAUCAGGUGCAUUGGCCUCAUGGAGAGACGACUCCCCUGUGUUCUGCAAGUGGCAUGGGGUGACAUGCGGCAGCACGCAGCAGGCAUCUCGAGUCAUUGCACUAGACCUUGAAUCCGAGAACAUCGCUGGCAGCAUAUUCCCUUGCGUUGCCAACCUCAGCUUCCUUGAAAGGAUCCACAUGCCCAACAACCAGCUUGAUGGUCUGAUUUCUACUGACAUCGGCCGAUUAACCCAGCUUCGUUUACGAGGAAGGAUUCCAGAGAGCUUAGGUAAGCUUAAAACUCUGCAAGCACCAGACCUCAGCUAUAACAACUUGUCAGGCACCGUUGCACCUGGACUUUAUAACAUCUCCUCUCUCACUUUUCUUGGAAUUGGGGCCAACCAACUUGCCGGUACACUUCCCACCAGUAUCGGCAACACCCUUACAAGCAUCACACAGUUGAUAUUGGAAGGGAGCAGGUUUGAAGGUCCAAUUCCAGCUUCACUGGCCAAUGCCACAAAUUUGCAAUAUCUAGAUCUCUGUAGCAACGCAUUCACAGGUGUUAUUCCUUCACUGGGAUCCCUGACCUUGUUGAGUUACCUAGAUCUAGGUGCAAAUAAGCUUGAAGCUGGAGAUUGGUCUUUCAUGUCCUCUCUAGUCAACUGCACACAGUUAAAGAAUUUAUGGUUAGAUAGAAACAACCUCCAAGGUAUAAUAUCUACUUAUAUCACCAAUAUCCCAAAAAGCUUAGAGAUCAUGGUUCUAAAAGAAAACCAAUUCACAGGUUCUAUACCAUCAGAGAUAGGAAAGUUCACGAACCUCACGGUAAUUCAGUUAGAUAAUAAUUUUCUUUCAGGGAAAAUUCCAGACACGGUUGGGAACCUCCAAAACUUGUCCAUUCUGACCAUAUCCAAAAACCAACUUUCUGAAGAAAUCCCAACAUCAAUUGGGAAGUUAGAGAGGCUUACUCAACUUCUUUUCGAGGAAAAUAAUUUGACCGGACCCAUACCUUCUAGUUUAGAGGGCUGCAAACAACUGACAACACUCAAUCUUUCUUCCAAUAGCUUGUAUGGAGGCAUUCCACGGGAACUGUUUUCGAUAUCUACACUUUCUGUUGGCUUAGACUUGUCCAAUAACAAACUCACUGGAGACAUACUGUUUGAGAUUGGUGCAUUGAUCAAUCUGAAUUCACUUAGUCUUUCCAACAAUCGAUUAUCAGGUGAGAUCCCCUCCACACUUGGUCAGUGCCUUCUUCUGGAGUCACUCCACUUAGAAGCAAAUAAUCUGCAACGAAGCAUCCCAGAUUCUUUCAUCAACUUAAAAGGCAUCACUGUGAUGGAUCUUUCACAGAAUAACCUGUCUGGUAGAAUUCCUGAAUUUUUGGAGUCACUUAGCGCUUUACAGAGUCUAAAUCUAUCCUUCAAUAACCUUGAGGACCCUGUCCCUGGAGGCGGCAUCUUUGCUAAACCGAAUGAAGUGUACAUCCAAGGAAACAAUAAGUUGUGUGCAACGUCUCCAGAUCUACAAGUACCACAGUGCUUGACAUCAAGACCCCAAAGAAACAAGCAUGCCUACAUUUUAGCUGUUCUGGUUUCACUUGCUAGUGUAGCUGCAGUCACAAUGGCGUGUGUUGCUGUCAUUAUUUUGAAGAAGAGAAUGAAAGGAAAGCAACUAACCAACCAGUCAUUAAAAGAGCUAAAGAAUUUCUCGUAUGGUGAUUUAUUCAAAGCAACAGAUGGUUUCUCUCCUAACAGUCUUGUUGGAUCCGGAAGAUUUGGAUUGGUGUACAAAGGUCAAUUCAAGGUUGAAGAAUGUGCAGUUGCCAUAAAGGUAUUCAGGCUCGACCAAUUUGGAGCACCAAGUAACUUCCUUUCUGAAUGUGAGGCAUUGAGAAACAUUUGCCAUCGGAAUCUUAUAAGAGUGAUUAGUGUCUGUUCAACGUUUGAUCCAACUGGAAAUGAAUUCAAAGCACUCAUUCUUGAGUACAUGGUAAAUGGUAACCUAGAAAGCAGGCUCCAUCAGAAAGAGUACACAAAAAACACGAAAAGACCAUUGAGUUUAGGAACACGAAUAGCAAUAGCUGUAGAUAUUGCUGCUGCAUUGGACUAUCUUCAUAAUCGAUGCACUCCUCCUUUGGUACAGCGUGAUCUGAAACCAAGCAAUGUCCUUUUGAAUGAUGAAAUGGUUGCAUCUCUCAGUGAUUUCGGUCUUGCAAAGUUUCUUUCUGUUGACUUUUCAACAGGAUUCAAUAAUUCAUCGAGUGCUGUAGGACCAAGAGGAUCUAUCGGUUACAUUGCACCAGAGUAUGGCGUGGGGUGCAAAAUCUCAGUUGAGGGUGACAUCUACAGCUAUGGAAUUAUUCUGCUGGAGAUUAUUACAGGAAGGCGACCAACUGAUGACAUGUUUAAGGAUGGUGUAAACAUCUGCAACUUUGUGGAGUCAUCACUUCCACUGAAUAUCCAUAACAUUUUAGAACCAAAUCUCACUGGAUAUCAUGAAGGUGCAGAUGGAGGACAGGAAAUGGUUGAAAUGCAGCACUGUGCCAUGUAA